GGGGUGGGGACCGGUGGGCUGCGCCCUCCCAGCCGGCCACUGCAGCCCGCGCCGCACGGACGCUGUCAGCCGCCCGCAGUCCCUGGAGGCGGAGGGCCGGUAGCAGCCCCGUCUGCCGGGAAGGCGGAGGGAGGCCGGGCAGCCGCCGGCUCGCCCCCAGCCCCGGGCCAUGCGCGCCGGCGCCUCCCCGCGGGGCCCCGGGAGCCGCUCCUCCGGCUGAGCGCUCGGCCCUGGCGGCUGGUGCCCCCGAAGCUGCACCAUGCCCUGCGCCCCGCGGAGCCGGCUGGCGCCCCUCUGGGUGCUGGCCCAGCUCCUGAGCCUCGGGGGCCCGGGGUGCGGGGCGCGCGCUCCGCCCGGCCAGGUGCCCGGCCAGGUGCGCUUCCGCGACCGCAGGCAAGAGCAUUUCGUCAAGGCCCUGCCAGAAUACCACGUGGUGGCACCCGUGCGAGUGGACGCUCAAGGGCAUUUCCUGUCCUAUGGCUUGCACCCUCCCUUCGCCAGCGGCAGGAGGAAGAGGGACGUGGAGCGCCCCGAGAACUGGGUGUACUACAGGAUCUCCCACGAGGAGCAGGACCUGCUGUUUAACUUGACGGUCAACCAGGAGUUGCUCUCCAGAAGCUACAUUGUGGAGAGGAGGUACGGGAACCUGUCUCAUGUGCAGAUGGUGGCUUCCUCCGGCCCCCCCUGCCAUCUCCGGGGCACAGUCCUGCAGCGGGGGGCCAGGAUCGGGACUGCAGCCCUGAGUUCCUGCCAUGGACUGACUGGAGUUUUCCACCUGCCACAUGGAGACUAUUUUAUCGAGCCUGUCAAAGAGCACCCCCAGGCCGAGGGCGAGUACCACCCACACAUUGUCUACAGGAGGCAGCGGAAAGAGCCGGCCUGCGCAUUACAGGACAGCCCUGGCACCUCCCAGACGCUGGAGCAGCGGCGAGAGGAGUGGGAGAGGAACGCCUGGCCCCGCAGACGCAUCUCCCGGCGCUCCAUCAGCAGGGAGAGGUGGGUGGAGACGCUGGUGGUGGCCGACACCAAGAUGGUUGAGUAUCACGGGAGCGAGAACGUGGAGUCCUACAUCCUCACCAUCAUGAACAUGGUCACCGGGCUGUUCCAUAACCCCAGCAUCGGCAAUGCCAUUCACAUUGUUGUAGUGCGGCUGGUUCUACUUGAAGAGGAAGAGCAAGGCCUGAAGAUAGUGCACCAUGCCGAGAAGACCCUGACCAGCUUCUGUAAGUGGCAGAAGAGUAUCAAUCCCAAGAGUGACCUCAACCCUGCCCACCACGAUGUGGCCGUCCUUCUCACCAGAAAAGACAUCUGUGGCGGCCUCAACCGCCCCUGUGAGACGCUGGGCCUGUCUCACCUGUCGGGCAUGUGCCAGCCUCACCUGAGCUGUAACAUCAACGAAGACUCGGGCCUGCCGCUGGCGUUCACCAUCGCCCAUGAGCUCGGACACAGCUUCGGCAUCCAGCAUGACGGGAAAGAGAACGACUGCGAGUCUGUAGGCCGGCACCCCUACAUCAUGUCCCGCCAGCUCCAGUACAACCCCACCCCGCUGACCUGGUCCAAGUGCAGCAAGGAGUACAUCACCCGCUUCCUGGACCGAGGCUGGGGGUUCUGUCUCGAUGAUAUGCCCCAAAGGAAAGGCUUGAAGUCCAAGGUCAUUGCCCCUGGAGUGAUCUAUGACGUUCACCACCAAUGCCAGCUGCAGUAUGGCCCCAAUGCUACCUUCUGCCAGGAAGUGGAAAAUGUUUGCCAGACGCUGUGGUGCUUGGUGAAAGGCUUUUGUCGCUCCAAGCUGGACGCUGCUGCAGAUGGGACCCGGUGUGGCGAGAAGAAGUGGUGUAUGGCUGGCAAGUGCAUCACGGUGGGGAAGAAGCCAGAGAGCAUUCCCGGAGGCUGGGGCCGCUGGUCGGCCUGGUCCCACUGCUCCCGGACCUGCGGGGCCGGGGCCCAGAGUGCCGAGAGGCUCUGCAACAGCCCCGAACCGAAGUUUGGCGGGAAGUACUGCACAGGAGAGAGGAAGCGCUACCGCCUGUGCAACGUCCACCCCUGCCGCCCGGAUGCACCAACCUUUCGGCAGAUGCAGUGCAGCGAGUUCGACACGGUGCCCUACAAGAAUGCGUUCUACCACUGGUUUCCAGUUUUUAACCCAGCACGGCCCUGUGAGCUCUUCUGCCGACCCAUCGACGGCCAUUUUUCCGAGAAGAUGCUGGACGCGGUCAUUGACGGCACCCCUUGCUUUGAAGGCGGCAGCAGCAGGAAUGUCUGUAUUAAUGGCAUAUGUAAGAUGGUCGGCUGUGACUACGAGAUCGAUUCCAACGCCACAGAGGAUCGCUGUGGAGUGUGCCUUGGGGACGGCUCUGCCUGCCACACCGUGAGGAAGAUGUUUAAACAGAAAACAGGAACUGGUUAUGUGGACAUCGGACUGAUCCCCAAGGGAGCACGGGACAUCCGGGUGAUAGAGGUGAAGGGAGCUGGGAACUUCCUGGCCCUCAAAAGCGAAGACCCUGAGAAGUAUUACCUCAAUGGAGCCCUCACUAUCCAGUGGAAGGGGAACUACAAGCUGGCGGGCACCGUCUUUCAGUACGAAAGGAACGGAGACCAGGAGAAGCUCAUGGCCGCCGGCCCCACCAACGAGUCCCUGUGGCUCCAGCUUCUGUUCUUGGUCCCUAACCCUGGCAUCAAGUAUGAGUACACGAUCCGGAAAGAUGGCCUUGACAACGACGUGGAGAAGCCGACGUUCUCCUGGCAGUAUGGCCGCUGGACAGAGUGCAGCGUGACGUGUGGCACAGGAAUUCGCCGCCAGACGGCCCACUGCGUGAGGAAGGGCCACGGCAUGGUGAAGGCCACGUUCUGUGACCCAGAGACACAGCCCAACGGGAGGCAGAAGAAGUGCCGGGAGAAGGACUGUCCGCCCAGGUGGUGGGCAGGGCAGUGGGAAGCAUGUUCGGCAACAUGUGGGCCCCACGGAGAGAAGAUGCGAAUGGUGCUGUGCAUCCAGACCAUGGACUCUGAUGAGCGGGCGCUGCCGGCCACGAACUGUCGGCACCUGCUGAAGCCCAAGGCCCUCGUGUCCUGCAACAGGGACAUCCUGUGUCCAUCGGACUGGACCGUAGGCAACUGGAGUGAGUGCUCCGUGUCCUGCGGUGGCGGUGUGCGGACGCGCAGUGUCACCUGCGCCAAGAACCACAACGAACCUUGCGACGUGACGAGGAAGCCCAACAGCCGGGCCCUGUGCGGCCUCCAGCAGUGCCCGACCAGCCGCAGGCUCCUGGUCCCCGGCCGAGGCUCCGUGCCCAGCGGGAGGAGGCCGCCAAGCUCUGGGCAUCACCCCCAGCAGCCCAUCCCGCCCCCAGCUGGCCCCAGAUCGCUGCCCACACCCACAGCGCCCGGGACCAGGGCCACCAGCAGCCCUCGUCCCACCACAGCCUCCGGGGAGGGAGACCUGGGUGCGACACGGUGGCAGAACAGCUCCAUCCACCCCGAGCUGGACACCCCUGAUGCCAUGCCCACGGGGGGUGCCGCCCAGCCCAUCCUCCCGGCCUGGCCGCCGAGCAGCCAGCCACAGGGAGAGAGUGCCCCCAGCUCAGAGCCGGGGCCCACCUCCGAGGGGGGCCUUCUAGCCACAACCGUGAGCGGCUCUGACUGGGCAUCGCCCAGCAGCCCCGGGGCCCGGCGGGCGGCCCCGCCCUCCAGCACCCUGAGCGAGGAGCCGGACGCCGAGAGCCCCAGCGGCUCGGGGGCCGGCGGCGAGCCCCCCGAGGACAGGACUGACGGCAGCGCUGUGCUGUGGACCCGGACCGCGGCCCCCGGGGAGGAUGCUUCCGUGGAGAGAAGCACAGACGUGUCCCUGGCAGCUCCGCCAACGCCCUCUCUUCGGGGGGCAUCCCCGUGGCCACCGGUGGUCAGCACGGUGCCAGGACGGCCGCCCAGCCAGGGACCUGCUACUCUCACAGCCGGGACACCCAGAGCCGAGGGGGCGGCCCCUGGGAAGCCAGCUUCCACGGCACUCCCUCCGGGGGGCGGCCACCCGCCAGCACCCUCGGAAAAGUCAGGAAGCCACAGCGCCCCCCAGGUGCCCGGCAGCGUGAGCCCCACGCAGAGCCCGGGGCCGGUCCUCACCGAGGAGGACGCAGCCGGCCUGAUGGCCGAGGGCUUCCUGCUGAACGCCUCCAGCUACCCGCAGCGCCCGCUCCGCAGCCCCGCGCGCUGGGUCGUCGGAAACUGGAGUGAGUGUUCCACCACAUGCGGGCUGGGGGCCUACUGGCGCCGAGUGGAGUGCAGCACCCUGGUGGAUUCCGACUGCGCAGCCGUGCAGAGGCCUGACCCCGCCAAGAGAUGCCACCUCCGUCCCUGUGCCAGCUGGAGAGUGGGCAACUGGAGCAAGUGCUCCAGGAACUGCAGCGGGGGCUUCCAGAUCCGGGAGACUCAGUGCGUGGACAGGGAGCACCGCAGCCUGAGGCCAUUCCACUGCCAGUUCCUGGCCGGUGUCCCGCCCCCUCGGAGCAUGAGCUGCAACACGGAGCCCUGCGAGGAGUGGCAGGUGGAGCCCUGGGGCCAGUGUUCCAGGUCCUGUGGGGGCGGAGUGCAGGAGAGGCGCGUGGCUUGUCCGAGAGGCCUCUGUGAUUGGGCAGAUCGGCCGGCGUCUGCUGCCCCCUGCAACCAGCACCCCUGUUGUCACUGGGCCGCCGGAAACUGGGACCUGUGCACGGCUUCCUGUGGGGGUGGCUUUCAGAAGAGGACUGUCCACUGUGUCUCCUCAGAGGACAAUGGCACUGAAGGUCAAGACCAAUGCCAGUGUGACCAUGAACCCAGACCUCCCGAACGCCAAGAGUGCAACCCGCAGGCCUGCAGGAAGAGUGCUGAUGUGCCGUGCACCAAGGACAACCUAUCGGCCGGUUUCUGCCAGACGCUGAGGACCAUGAGGAAGUGUUCGGUGCCCACCGUGAGGGCUCAGUGCUGCGUCUCCUGCGCCCGGGCCCACGGGGCCCCCGCCCCACGGCCACGGAAGCCACGGCUGCUCCAGAACCCCAGAGCGCCCUGAGUCCAGGAGGGAGCCACCGCCACAGCCGCCGCAGCCUGCUGACUUUUCCUGCUACCCCGGGAACCGCCCAGGAGGCGUUACUCUGCACUUCACGUCCAACUUUGCGUCAUAACAAAACCAAAUCCGCUGCAUCCCACUCGUCACACAGUGCCCCUUGCAGGAAGGGUGGGCCCUGAACACCGCUGCUCCCCUGAUCGGCAGGGAGACACCCGGCUCAGCUCCUGGGACAGGUGCCAGGUUAGGCAGGUCUGUGAAACGAUGUCUCUUUGUCAUCCCUCAAAGAGGAAAGCCAAGAGGCCAGUUUUUUCCCAGACUACCUCACGGGACCAGGAAACAGAGCCACACUGAUCCAGGGAACAAAGGGUCUUGUCAAUGGGCCUUGGUAGAAUCAUCUUGCCGCCGUCACCCCUCUCUGCAGGGGCAGCUGUUGUUUAUGGCAUGAUGGGAGAGCUUUCAGGCAGAGCGCCCUUUCUUCACCCAGCAUUCAGGUAGGGAGGAGGAGAAAGCGCCCCUCCAGCCUCGGUCAGUCCCUCACCCCUGAGACCCCCGAUCUGAGUGUGCAGACCCCCACGCCCACCCAGAGGCACGAGAGAAAGAGGGAGCAGGCAGGGCCCGGAGGCUUAGUGAUGCUAUGGCACUUGGCUCCCCAGUACUCCAGGCUGGAGCAGUUGUGUGCCUCUGAGCGGAGGGUAAUUUCUGUGAAACGCUUAAAAAGCAAAUGAACAGAAGUUAAUUGUGUGCUAGUACAGCUGACCUUUGUACAGCAUGGCCUUGGGCUGCGUGGGUCCACUUAUACAUGGAUUCUAUUUUUUUUUUUAUUUUUUUCCCCAGUUAAGACCUGUGCUGUUUCCAUCUGCAGUGGGAGUCUGUGGGUGUGGAGGGCAAACUGCAUGCAUUGAGCUAUGCCAUUUGAUGUAGGGGACUUGAGCAUCCAUGAAUUUUGGUGUCUGUGUGGCAAGGAGUUGAGAUUGGGCCCUGGCAUACUCCUUGGAUGCAAGGGAGGAAUUACAUUCAGGGGAGUAAAAAGUUAUACGUGGAUUUUCCACUGCGUGGGGUUUGGCACCCCGACCCCAGCAUUGUCCCAGGGCCAGCCAUUAAGAGAGGGAACGUGGGCCUUUAUUCUUCCCACUUGCCUGGGGAAUUUCCUUCCCUUGGCGAUGAGCAAAUGGGUCUUGCUGUCUGACUGGUGGCACAUCCCUUGUCUGAGCCAUCAGCUCAGGUGGAACAUCCUUUCAUUGCUGGGUUCACACACAGCAACUGCUCCAGCCUGGCCCAGCCUGGUCCAUGGUCGCCCCCUCCCCCAAUCCAGGUGGGAAAAUGGAGCUCCAGGUUAAAAUACCUCCAAGAAUCAGGUGUGUUGUAUUAAAUACAGAUUUCUAGUCUAGGGAAAAAAACAAAGAACCUCAAAAGUGAGGUAAAGAUGAUCUGCUUCCCAGGGCUUGCUUCGGAGGAUCUUUUUCUUUGAGGGAAACAAGGCAGUUGGGGGUCCAAAAACCAAAAUGAACGUUAGAAGGCUUAUCCUGGAUGUUCCCACCACCUAACAGGAGCCAAAGUAGGCCGUGGUCUCAAAUUCAAGGUGAAUUCCUGGUUUCUAAGGGGAGGCAUUUUCAUGAACUGAACCUAGAGGGAGAGGGUGGGGGAUGGAUGGGGGUGAGGCCUCGAGGGGAAGAAGCACUCAGGGUCAGCUCCCGGCAGAGAAGGCAGGACAGCGGCCUUCAUGUGAUGGGGCAGUGUUUUUCAGUCCCACACAGGUGCAGUUCAUCCCCAUGGAACACAGCGUCCCGUAUCUUGAAUUAUCUAUCCGUUCAGCAGAUGGUGCUAAUGCAAAAUGGUGCUAAAAUCUAGAUGGUGGCGGAACUCACAGGAACAUGUACAUAGAUGUAGACGUGGGCAAGACCACAUACAUCUUCUGUUCAAUGUGUGAUGGUGUUGCUGGCCAAUACCAGUUCUAUUACUUGGAUACCAGAAACUUAACCAUUUUUAUAUUAUGUGAGCUUUUCUUUUCAAGCCAUCAAUGUAUUAUUAUUGAGACAUUUCUGUGGCACACAAAGCACUGGGGUUGGGGUGAAAUUCAAGACAGACCAGGAACAGGAGGCAAGUAGACAUGUUUACCUAAAGCCAGGAAACUGAUGUCUAAGUCAUAAUUCUCUGUCUUCAAAUACAAGCAUCGCUGGCCGGUGACAACCCGGUGAAAUAAUAGUUUUCGAGAAAAGGUGCUUUAAUUGUUAGGGAUGUGAGCGGAGGAGAAAGUAAUUUUUCUCUGAUAAGGUAAUUUGCGAAGACUGUCCCUGAAGUGUCGUGUAGGCCCUCAGGGGGUUAACUGAGUAAACUAGAUUGACUUAAGCUGGUGCUUCACUAUCCCAAGGUCACGCAUAUCACCAGAGACCUGAAAUGACCAGUCUUAACAAAACUCAGGAACAGCUUUGGCUUCCUACUGACCUCACCAAACGUGACUGGGCUGGUCUUCCCAAUCCACUGAAGGUUGUUUGUGACCCGGGUGGCCAAGAUGGCAGGGCCUGGCCAGGUGCUCCACUUGAGGCCUUGCUCCGAUUUCUCCAAGGUGGGAUAAUGGCCCCUCAUCAUGCAUCAUGGACAUUCACCUCCCCUACGGGGGCUGUGCGGUGAGCCAGUUGUGUGGCAUCUGUCCACCUGGACCCCACUUUGCUACUGGAGUCAUGGGACAUGGUUGUGGCCUUGACAGUCACUCCACUUUGGGUCCCCAGGGUUUGGACGGGUCCCUGUGCUUGCAACAAGAGAGGGGCCUCCGGUUAUCGGGGAGACCCUGAAGGCAAAAACACAGAUGGCGUCCAUACCGUUCCUUCGCUGCUCACAGGGGCCACCAGGAGGCAGCACUGCUGGCUUGUUUUGUCCAUGUCCUCCUCCCAUCCUAACUUGAACGAGUGAGUGAGAAGUCUAGCAAGAGACACUGGACGCUCGUCUCCUGUGAACUAGAGAGGGCCGCCACCGGGCUUGGUGCUCCAAUCCAUUAAGAUCCUCAGACCCAGUCUGGUUUCCAUUGCCUUUCUCAGUGGCAGGGUUAGAGCGUCUCUGGAAAGUGAUGGGUUAAUUUAAUUCUCGAACACAAGACAUACUGCAACACCAGGAGGAAGUAACAUUUUAAGAGACUCAAUAGUGAAACUUGGCGAGACAACAAUCAGCUUGUUGGUAGGAAAGACUUCAUGACGGGUUUUCUUCAAUAAGAAGGCACCUCCACCUUCUCUCCUGACACCCAACUGGCAGAGUCAUCCCAGGGUGAUGCUUUCAGACGUUGAGUGAGUUUUUUGUAACCUUCAUCAAGGUGCUGAAACUGUCUGAGGGAUUUAUAUUCUUUCAGGUCAUAACUUCCCAAUCAAUUGGCUGAAGUCCUGUAAACUCUGAGAGCUACACGUCCCUACCCCAGAGAAGCCGGUCUCAGCUCUCCUCCCUUCUGACCUGGGGGAAGUGCUGGGCAGUGUGUCUGGUACCCGGUGCACAGUGAUCCACUCUUGAGAGAGUCCACAUGACGUGAACUUCCUGGUGCUACCACUUAGCCAACAUGGUUGACGCUACUCCUGGGUUUUGUAUUGUUCAUUCGAAUACUGGUAUUAUUCCUAUUUCUAUUAAUAUUAUUAUUUUAAGUUAUAUAAUUUUGUAAAAAACAUGGUUGGGAAGCACAAGCCUACCGAUCCUUGUCCUCCAGAAUGGUUGUGUGCCUCCCUGCAUCUCUGCUGCUUUGCCAGGCCCAAGCCUCAAGGGACACCUGCCGGGUGCAGCCAUCUUUAAAACCUGACUGUAAUCAUAGCCUGCCAUUGCGUGGCAUCAAUAAAUGGC